AUUCAAGCAUUGCACAUCCACAUCUUUUCUUUGCUUCUCUUGCAUAUAACACGCAUAAAAUGGUUCCACAAACUUCAUCUCUAAAUUUCAGAGUAAGUACGAAGCCACCGGAGCUAGUAGUCCCAGCUACCCCCACACCCCGUGAGCUUAAGCUGCUAUCUGACAUAGAUGACCAACUUUGCCUGCGUGAGCGAUUUCCAUUAGUAUUUUUCUAUGGUUACCGACCUUCAAUGGCAGGGAAAGACCCUGUUCAAGUCAUUAGACAAGCACUCGCCAAAACACUUGUGUUUUACUAUCCCUUCGCAGGAAGGCUUAGGGAGUGUCCUAAUGGCAAACUAAUAGUUGAUUGCAACGGAGAAGGUGUCAUAUUCGUUGAGGCUGAUGCAGAUGUCACAAUUGAGCAGUUUGGUGACAACUUGUUGCCCCCAUUCCCUUGUUUCGACAAGAUCCUUUUCAACAUUCCUGGUUCAGAUGGAAUAAUAGAUAGUCCAAUCUUGCACCUUCAGGUUACACGUCUAAAAUGUGGCGGUUUCAUCUUUGCUCUCUGCUGUAUUCAUAAUAUGUGUGAUGCAAGUGGAAUUGGCCAAUUCCUGAAGGCCUUGGCAGAAAUAGCACGUGGUGCCCCAAAUCCUUCUAUUCUCCCUGUGUGGCAUAGGGAGAUGCUAUGCGCAAGAGACCCACCAAGAGUUACAUACACUCGUGAUGAAUACCAACUAGUACCACCCGAUACAAGAAGCAUGUACGAACCUAAAAACUGUUCCUUCUUCUUUGGCCCCAAAGAGAUUGCUUCUAUUCGUGCGCUUCUUCCUCACCACGUUGCCACCAAAUCCACAUCCUUUGAGGUCUUAACCGCAUGGCUUUGGCGUUCCUACACAACAGCAUUAAAGUUGCAAAACCCUGAUCAGGAAAUCCCCUUGCUGAUUAUUGUGAACGCACGUUUUGGAUAUUGUAGGUUCAACCCUCCAUUGCCCGAUGGUUUUUACGGCAACGCUAUUGUGGCUGGGUCGGAAGUUACCACAGUCGGAAAACUUUUGAGCCAUCCCUUAGGGUAUGCCUUGGAGCUAGUGAAAAAGGCAAAGUAUAAAGUAAAUGAAGACUAUGUGCGCUCCGCUGUAGGCUUUUUAGCAAAUGAAGAAAGACCUUUCUUUCCUAGGUCAGGGUCUUUUGCCGUGACAGAUCACACAAAGGCUGGAUUCACAGAUGUGAACUUUGGGUGGGGCAAUGCUUUGUAUAAUGGUGCGGUAAACAAAGGUGGCAAGGGGUAUAUGCUUGGAGAAUGCAUCAUUACUCCACACACCAACUCUAAUGGCGAACAAGGUAUAGCGGUUCUGAUGAGCGUGCCAGAAUAUGUUUUAGAGAUGCUUGAGAAAGAGAUCGGACAACAUGCAUGCACACACAUGUUAAUGUCGAAUCUUUGAAGGAUGGUUAAUAAUUCAUGAGUAGAUGCUAGCUUUUCAUGUAUGAUAUAUAAUAAAUAAAAUAUUUAUGUCUACCUUGUUCCAAGUUUAAUUUUUGCAAGUUGUAAGCAAAAUAGUGAUUAUGAACUUCCAUGAUCAUCAUAUAUUCGAAUGUUUUUAUUUUGUGAUGCAUGAUUUAUAAAGUAUAUACCUGGACACUUAAUUUUUA